UCAAUGUGAUUAAAGCUGUAGGAGAGGAAAGAUGUGCCUGUCUGUUUGCUUGCUGCCUGAAUGUGGAGGGUGAAGGGUUUGGAACCUGAUUUCUGCAGAUUCUGGACUGUAUAUUCCCAGGGAUGAGCUCAUGCUUGCAUUUGAGGAUAUUUUCACCUGUAGACCUGCUGCUGCAAACCUGCUGCUGUCUCCCUGAGCUAACAACACACCUGGGCUUAAAGCACCCGCCUCCCUCUUUCCUCUGGCUGCAUCUUUCUGAAAGAGAAAGCCAGUGAGCAAGUGUCAGUGGAGAAGAGGAGAGACAGAUCACUUGCUUUAAGGACAAUCAAACACAUACACGCAUUUUCCAAGCAGCUACACGGCAACCAGCAAAAUAAACUGAACUGAUCGUCUUCUUAGCUUGUAGCUUUAACCUUGCAGUUGACAAAUAGAGAAAAAGAAAGCAAAAGAGUGGAAAGCCAAGCAUAUAGCUGGAAGAAUAGAAAAGAACAGGGGCAUGUGGAUAUUGGCUUUCUCCUUGUUCCAGAGCAUCUUGAAUGUUGUCAGUGAAGAUCUACACUCCAGUCUAUAUUUUGUCAAUGCAUCUUUGCAAGAGGUAGUGUUUGCAAGCACCACAGGGACGUUGGUUCCCUGUCCUGCAGCAGGGAUCCCACCUGUGACACUCAGAUGGUACCUAGCAACGGGCGAGGAGAUCUAUGAUGUUCCAGGGAUCCGCCACGUCCACCUCAAUGGCACUCUCCAAAUUUUCCCCUUCCCCCCUUCAAGCUUUAGUACCUUAAUCCAUGAUAACACUUACUAUUGCACAGCUGAAAAUCCUUCAGGGAAAAUCAGAAGCCAGGAUGUCCACAUUAAGGCUGUUUUACGGGAACCUUAUACAGUCCGUGUGGAGGACCAGAAAACCAUGAGAGGCAAUGUAGCUGUCUUCAAGUGCAUUAUCUCCUCCUCUGUGGAGGCAUAUAUCACUGUUGUCUCAUGGGAGAAAGACACCGUCUCACUUGUCUCAG